UGUAACUUAAUAAAUUAAUUAAGAAAAGACGUAUUAAGAAAAAUUUUUUCUAAAAUAGAAAUAAAAUGGAUAUGGAGAACAAAGAUAAUAUGUUAAUACCGGGUCAACGAAUUCGUCCACCUGGCAACAAACAAAAAGUUUUACAACUUUUAGAAGAACUUUAUGGUUUGAAAACCUUAACUAUAUCUGAAUUGAAUGCAUAUGAUGACAGAAAUUAUCAUGUAAUUUGUGAAAAAACUCAUACGAAUCCUCAUAUAACGAUCAUAAAUAAAUAUGGCUACGUUUUGAAGAUCGUUAAUUCUUUGGAUUCGCAGAAAACACACAUAAUUGAAGCACAAACUGAAAUGUUAAUAUUUUUGCAUCAGCAAGGUAUUAAUUGUCCUCUGCCUGUAAAAAAUAUACAUGGAUUAUAUUACACUCUAGUUAAAAUGAAUAAUGAAUAUUCUGAAAAUUAUGCUGUCAGAUUGUUGGUUUACCAGUCUGGUGAAUUGUUGCACCGUGUACCAAUUACUGGAGAUUUGCUACGAAAUGUGGGCAAUUUUGUAGCCCGACUCGAUAAUAUUCUAAUGACUUUUUCUCACCCAGCUUAUAAUCAUCACAAGACACUAUGGAUGUUAAAUUCCGUACCACAAUUACACCAAUUCAUCUAUGCUAUAAAAAAUGUAUUUGAAAAAGAUUUAGCGCAUCAAGUAAUAAUAGCUUUCGAAAAGGACGUGCUUCAAAUCACUUCACAAUUAGAACAAGGCAUGAUACAUGGAGAUUUAAAUGAACAAAAUCUAGUGAUGAGCUCGAAUGGCAAAGAAAUAUUUGCAGUCAUCGAUUUUGGUGAUGCACAUCGAACAUGCUUAAUCUUCGAAUUAGCUAUCGCGCUGUGUUACAUUAUUAUACAGACUGGUGAUAUAGCGAUGGGUAAAUAUGUAAUCGAAGGUUAUCAGGAUAUUAGAAAGCUGACAGAUCUUGAGAAGAAAAUUUUGAAAGUUUGUGUUUGUGCAAGAAUUUGUCAAAGUCUGAUUAUGGGUGCUUAUUCUUAUCUUCAUGAUCCACAAAAUGAAUAUCUGCUUACUACACAGAAAUCAGGAUGGUCAUUAUUGAAGAAGCUUUGGCCUCUUACUCAAGAUGAUGUUCUUCGAAAUUGGGGAUUGAUAAACUAAAUUCUUCUACUUAUUCAAUUUUUCAAUAUAUUAUAUAGUUCAUUCUCAAUAUUCCAGUCAAUUAUCACAUUGUUUGAAAUUGUCUGUUAUCAAUUACAGAAGCAAUAAACAUAUAAAUUUAUAUUUUAACUGAAUUGAAUUUAAGGAAUUAAAAUUAAAAUACUGUGCAGCGAUA